GAUUCGGCUCUACACCUCUUCUGGAACUGCCCUCUUGCUAAGGCGGUGUGGUUUGCUAGCCGUUGGUCCAUUAGAAGUGGGAACCUUCACUUUGACUCCCCGAGAAAGAUGGUUGAAUGGAUUUUAUCUCCUGAUUUCAUGAGUGGUGCGGAUGUAGGAGAUAUAGAUAGUUCAUUAGAUUUGGUAUUUGCUUGUUUGAUGAGCUGUGGACUGCUAGGAAUCGAGCUUUUCAUGAUCGUAUAAAUUCGUCUUUGAUGGGCGUGUUGGCUAGAGUUCAAAGGGCUGCUGCUUGUCUUGUGUCUGUUUGGGACUCUCGGCCUAAUUCGGAGGCGGCUCAGCAUGUUUUUGAGGAGCUUUAUGUGGGCAAAACGGUUCUUUUUGUGGAUGCAGCGUUCAAAGACUUGAGAGCAGCGGCUGGGAUUGUUGUGUCGGAGUCGGAGGGUAGUUUCUUGGAGGCCAUGACUGUGACAUUUGAGGCAACUCAGCCGCUGGAAGCUGAGGCGUGGGUAGUGUUUCAUGCGAUCAAGUGGUGCCAAAGUCGUGGUUGGAGGCGGGUGAAGAUAGUCUCAGACUGUCUUCUGCUUGUGCAAGGUUUACGCUCGCGAAGGGCGCCGGAUAGGCGGCUUACUGGGGUGUUUUGGAGCUUGCUGGAGAUGCUGAAUGACCUCCCUUGUAACGCCCUAAAUAAUUAG